GGCAGAGAGUCGGCGCCCCGGCAGGAGAUGUUCACUCGGGCAGUUACCCGGUUGGGAAGGAAGAGACCCCCGUCAGAGAUUCAUACUGGAGAGUCGCCUCUCAAUGCCCAGGACAAUGAACAGAAAGGAACUCGCAAAUGGGCCACCUCCCUGGAAAGUCUAUUGGAUGAUCCCAAAGGGGUGGCGGAAUUCAUAGAUUUCCUGAAGAAGGAAUUCAGUGAGGAGAACCUGCUCUUUUGGUUGGCUUGCGAGGACUUCAAGAAAACACGGGACAAGGAUCAGAUGCUGAAGAAGGCUCACGAUAUCUACACAACCUUCCUAUCUAGCAAAGCUUCUACUCAGGUCAAUGUGGAGGGUCAGUCGAAGAUAAGUGAGAAGAUGCUGGAAGAGCCGCACCCGCUGAUGUUUCAGAAGCACCAGGAUCAGAUCUUCAACCUCAUGAAAUAUGACAGUUACAGUCGAUUCCUCAAGUCAGAGACUUUCCUGAAGCUGAAGACCAAAGAAGAGAAUGAAAGCUCCGCCUCUAGCGCCGGCGAAUCCGUGCCCAAACGAGCCUCUAGGAUUUAUAAUACGUGACUUCCCCGGGGACACGGCAGAGCCACAUGCAGAUUAAAGGGGAAACUAUUGCCCCCUACGGCCUUUUGACCGACUUCUCGCUUUUCACUAUUUCACAGCAUUUGUGUUGCAUGCUGGGACAUCUGUGUAUGAACUGCUGUAUGGGGUACCCAACCCCGGUGCCCUGGCGCAUACCAUUGGAUAUCAGCCCCAGACUGACAUUCAUAAUAAUUGUUUCAUUUCAUAUACACAGAGGCCCAAUAAAUACUAACUGUCAGCUUACUGCAGAUCCUCUACUGACUGCCAGUCCAUGCCUGCUAGCUGCCUUCUACCUUUCCUUGUGCUGCCAUUGGAUAGAUCUGCACCAGGAACAGUACAUUUAUAUACACACACAAUCUGCUAUUAACAAAUAAUUCUUAAAUAAUCGCUAAUUAGACAGUUACACCGGUUUUUAAAGGGGAAGUAAAAGGAAAGCUUACAGAAUGGGUGGGGGUGGGGGGCAAGUAUUUUGGAAGUGGGUCAUGUUUUGGACUUUCCAAGUUUAGCUGAGCCAAAUGUGAAUGGCAACGGGGGGUCCAACAUAAUACAGUGUAUAAAUAGAA